GUGAGUGAGAGGAGGAGUGGAGGAUGAGUGGUACAGCCUCAGUAUCCUUUGCAAUGGCUGAGAGGGUGCAGCGUGAGGAGAUUGGCUGAGGCGGGGUAAAACGUCACCACCUGCGAGGGGGAGCUCUGAGGAUGCUCCAGAAGCUGGGAGGAAGCACAUUCACUCUGAAUUUACGCUGAGAGCUCAGACGUUGUCAGCCGUGUACUAAGAACAGGGAGUCUGCUGAUAGCUUUUCCACACCUCUCCAAUCUCCAGCUCUAGCCAUGAAUUAUUUGCGACGGCGUUUGUCGGACAGUACAUUUAUCUCCAACCUACCAAAUGGCUACAUGACGGACCUCCAGAGGCCUGACCCUGCUCAGCCUGCCCCAGCUGCCACCACCACCCCAGCCAAGUCGCCUACAGCUGGGCCCAUGCCUCCGGCCACUUCUCCUACUCCGGAGAAAAAACCUCAGCCGACUCAAUCCACUGGAGCGGGUUUCUUCAGCUCCAUCACCAAUGUCGUCAAGCAGACAGCUGCUUCAGCAGGGCUAGUAGAGCAAACCUCAGUCACGACACCCAAGAAGUUCAAGAUUCUCUUGAUCAUCGAUGAACAGCAGCAAGAGUGGACAAAGUUAUUCCGGGGGAAGAAAAUAUAUGGAGAUUAUGACAUCAAAGUGGAACAGGCAGAGUUCAGUGAGAUCAACGUCAUGGCCCAGGCCAAUGGAACAAGCAGUGUUACGAUGCAGGUUUACAGAAAUGGCACAAAAGUUGUCAGGUCAUUCAAGCCAGACUUUGUGCUUAUCCGCCAGCAUGCUUUCAGUAUGACCCAGAAUGAAGAUUUCCGUAACCUUAUAAUCGGUCUGCAGUACGGAGGUGUUCCGAGCAUUAACUCGUUGGAGUCCAUCUACAACCUCUGUGACAAGCCCUGGGCGUUUGCCCAACUUAUCAACACCUUUAGGAGGCUGGGCGCUGAUAAGUUUCCACUGAUUGAGCAGACUUUUUAUCCAAACUACAAGGAGAUGGUCAGCAUGCCAUCCUUCCCUGUAGUUGUCAAGAUUGGACAUGCCCACUCUGGCAUCGGAAAGGUAAAGGUUGACAACCACAGUAAGUUCCAGGACAUUGCCAGUGUUGUGGCACUCACCCAGACAUACACCACCACUGAGCCUCUCAUUGAGUCCAAGUAUGAUAUCAGAAUCCAGAAGAUUGGAGCAGACUACAAAGCCUACAUGAGAACAUCUAUGUCAGGCAAUUGGAAAACCAACACUGGCUCAGCGAUGCUGGAACAGGUGGCCAUGACUGAAAAAUACAAGCUGUGGGUUGACACUUGCUCAGAGAUUUUUGGGGGUCUGGAUAUUUGCGCGGUCAAGGCCAUUCAUGGGAAAGAUGGGAGAGAUUACAUCACAGAGGUGGUAGGCUCAUCCAUGCCAUUGGUUGGGGAGCACCAAGCCGAGGACAGACAGCUCAUUUCUGACAUGGUGCUGGCUAAAAUGAAUCUGCUCGCAGAAAAGGAAGCAAACACCCCCCAAAAACCCAUGACCGUGCAACCAUCCCAGGGUACGGGCCAGAAAGGGGAAAUAAUAGGUGAGACCAUGAAGAACGGUGCCGCCCGCCCUCCUCAAGGUUGUCUGCAGUACAUCCUUGACUGCAAUGGAGUGGCUGUGGGUCCGAAACCAGUCCAGGCUAACUGAAUAAGCCAGGAGGUCUCAGAGUCAAUGAUGUACCUUAAGAGGAACGUAAGCACGCGUAGAUGCCGAUAGCUAGGAUCACAACUGGGGGAUCGGGUGCUCAGCUCACUGAAGCUGAGUGACGCCCUGGACUGUGUAAAAUUUCACUCUAUGCAGAGUCCUAACGUACUGUCUUCUUGUUGAUUUGUGUGCUUGUAUCGGUCACAUGUUCAGUAGCUGUGGAUUUUCUUUAGAGCUGCUGUGGAUGAUGUAAGAAGCAGAUUGUGCCUACACUGCCGCUCUGUGCUACUUGUUUGACCAGCUGUGAGCCUUUUUAUUUCCACCUUUUCUGUUUUAUAUUUGGCUGUGUAUCUUUCAAUAGUGUUCAAACUGUGGAGUUUAGUUCUUAAAAUGUCUACAGUACUUGGGUGUGUAUGGCUUUGGUGAUUAUUUUCAUACAUAUGAUGAUAUAUAGAUAUAUAUAUGUAUUUAUUUUUGUUUUGCAUGUCUGACACUAAAGAGGGAUGUUCUUGUAACAGUGUGAUUCUAAGAUGUGUUCCCUGUAAAUCAUGCAUUGAAAAUGUUUCAUAGCCAAAACAUACACGUUCAAUUGCAAUCAUGCAGUCAAUGAUCUCCAACAUAUACUGUAUAUUGAUACACUUCUAUGGUUUUGUCAUGAAAGAGAGAAAUAUUUAGUGCAAACAUAUAAUUACGAGUGUAAGAUUCUAUUACAUUAUGGAAGAUGGUGUGCAGGUGUUUUGCACAAAUAUCCACAUAUUUUAAAUACAUUUGUAUGAUUUUAACCAAAGAUAAAAUUAUUAGAAUCCUUAUUUAUUUGACCCAUGUCGUAAAUAUAUCCGCAAUCUUCCAAUUAAUCCUGCGUUUCAUCACAGCGGCACUGUACAUGAUAACAGCGCAUGUAACAAAUCACAGCCAAGGGAAAUAAUGCUAUAUAGCAGUGUUUUUCAACUGGUGUGCCGUGAGAGAUCGUCAGGUGUGCCGUGAGAAAUUAUCCAAUAUCCAAUAUAUUUUUUUACGUCAUCGGGCGGAGUUGCAGUUAGAAAGAAGGAGUAGGUAGAAGGUUGCGAUCGUGUGCAAAUAAGCAAGGUAUUGCUCGUGUCGCAUACAAAAACAGCUCAGAUUUCUAGCCAUCAGCCACUUUGCUGUCCACGACAAUGUGGACCCUAGCACCUCUUCGACAAGGUGUUGGAAUAAAACACAUGGGGAGGAUUGACGGUCUCAAAUAUGGACCGGGGUGAAAGUGGGCCAGAACGGUCAGGAAAGCCCUUCCGGAAAAAGAUUCAGGGCCAGAACGCAGUUCCGGUAUAAGAUGCAGGGCAGGAAUGCUGUUCUGGCAUAAGAUUCAGGGCCGGAAGGCUGUUCCAGUACACGGUGCUUUGAUUACGAAAAUAUGACAUUGAAAAAAAUACUAUUUUGAAUCAAAAAUAAAUAAAAUUUCUGGCUCCAUGGCGACCUUCACGUCGGGGAGUUCCGGUAAGAAAUUCUAGCCAGUUUCACCCCUGAAUAUGGAUGAAAUGGAAAGGACACUUUUGUGUAUAUUGACACUUGAAAGACAGCAAGGUGGCUGAUGAUUAGAAAUCCGAGCAGUUCUUGAACGCGACACGAGCAGUUGCAUUUGCCCUUGUUUCAAAACAAGUCGAUGGGUUCACCUCCAUGAAAACACAGAGAAACAGGCAACUUUUUUGAGAAACACUACAAAGGUAAAUGAGAAAGCCCUCAAAGCCAGUUAGCUUGUUGCUAAACUUGUUGCUGAAUCCAAAAAGAGACAAAACUACCUGCCUGCAAAGUCAUUGUCAGCGAGAUUCUUGCCCCUGAUGCAAUUGAAGACAUUUUUAAAGUCCCUCUGUCUGACAAUUCUGAGGUUUUCAAGCCUACCUGCUAUAAGAAAAUAAAAACAGAGAGACUAAGAGCUGUUGACGAAGAUUCCUGCCAGGAUAUCGGCUUUGUGUUCAUCCAUCAAGUUUGGCACUGAGUAAGUAUAAAUAUUGAGAAAUUAUUUUAUCAUAAAAUAUACUGUACAGAAAGUAAUUUUGGAACAUUUUUGGUUUGUGGUGUGCCGCGAGAUUUUUUCCAAUGUAAAAACAUGCCAUGAUACAGAAAAGGUUGAAAAACACUGCUAUAUUGAAUUCAUGUUGUCGAUUUACAUCCUAUUAGAUUAGGUCCAAAGGAUAAUCUAUCCUGAAAUGUCCUUCUAUGACUAGACUCUGGGUAUCGACGAUGGUGUUGCCAUGACAACAGUGCAAGUGCUCAUUGUAAGCGUUAACUUGUUCCAGCUCAGUUUGGCACAGUACUCCCUAUGAGUGGAUAUAAAGUGUAAUAUUUUUUUAUAACUGAAUAUUUAAUUUGAAAUCAGCUCUUCCAUUAAAUUGAUUCAAAUGACGACAUGCAUCUCGUCCUGUGAGACACAUUUUGUUUUAAGCUAAAUGGUGACACAACCAAAACAGCAACCAAAACAUCUGUAAAAAAAAAUUAAUUUGCACAAACUACCAUGAAUAAAAGAAAUAUUCUCUGCAAGCUCCAUGCGCAGUUGUUUUCCCAAGUUGUAUCAAGUGUAUCUGUUAGUGUAUCCUUGUACAAGCCAUGCCUGAGGCUUUAUGGAUGUGCCGUACUGUUUACUAGGAAAUAUGCCAUGACAUUGAUUUCUAAGGGAGUUCACUCUACAGUACCAAGAGUCUUAUGAAAGCGGACAUGUUUUUAGCUUGAAUGUUCAGAUAAAAAUCUGUUCUGCGCUGUAAUUAUUAAUGGUCACACUAGUAGGUGAUUUGCUGUUGACUGUUUAAACCUUGAAUGGAAAACAAUAUGUUAUGGAGAGAUCCAUAAAGGUCAAUCCCCUCUGUCAAUGGCAAUAAAGCUUCCUUUGCAAUAUACACUUU